AUGACUGACAUAAAUGUUUACAAGGUCAAAGAAGACAAUGUAGCUGAGAAAAUCAAAAUGGAACAACAGAGAAUGCAUUACUGGGUUGAUCCCAGUUCAUCCAAGACGCCUCCAAACUUUAUCAAAGUGGAACACAAACCCUUCACAACGUUAAACUUCACAGACCUCGGUUCCCCGUUCGGGGGACACAACGAGGAACCACCGGGUACACCGACGAUGUCAGGCGAAGCCCACCUGGGCCCUCCGACGCCCCACGACUCCAGCAACUCGACUCCGGUUUCGAAAAGUGCAUUCAUCGAACUCCAACAACACGGCUACGGUCCUUUGAGGACGUCGUAUCAACAUCAUUUUAAUUCGCCAGCGGGAAAUGCACAUUCCGGACCUCCCGGUUCGCACGAUACGGGGUUUCCUAGUCCCAGGGGGGCUUUGGGGGCUUAUCCUUUUCCUCCUAUGCAUCAAAAUUCUUAUACGGGAUAUCAUUUAGGAUCGUAUCCGACGAAUUGUCCGCCUUCACCGAAAGAUGAUGAAAAAUGUUUAUCGUUGGAAAGGCCCUCGGGCGGAGGAAAAGGCAAGAAAAUGAGAAAACCACGCACAAUUUAUUCAAGUCUUCAACUGCAACAGUUAAACCGACGGUUUCAACGUACACAGUACCUGGCACUACCGGAACGGGCGGAAUUGGCAGCUAGUUUAGGAUUAACACAGACACAGGCUAUGAAUGUUGAGGUAAUUUAUAGAUUGUCCAUGAGGGUUCUUUUAGGGGAACCCACGCAUGUAAAUGCUGUUCAUUUCCAAGAUAUAAUAUUGGACAUAUCCGAAAGUUAUAUCUAUAUCGAGGGGAAGUUUAAGUCGAAAGAUCCGACUAAAAAGUGCUACCUAUCCAAUAAUGCGCUAGCCUUUCUGUUCCAUGAAAUUCGAUAUGAAAUGGGUGGUGAGCAGGUGGCAGUUGUUCCAAAACCUGGAAUUACAACAACCCUAAAAACAAUGGUAUCCUUUGGUGCUUCACAACUGAAACCCCUUCUAACAUGUGGUUGGGGAUUGACAGAAGAUGAACAAUAUAUCAUCGAUUCUACUAGUACUAGUCACAUGUUUUCCGGUACCCCUAAAGUAUUUAAUGGCUUUUGCCGAGGACUACACGAAGGGGAUCUUCAACGUCAAGCAAGAGCUUAUAUUAAUAAUUGCUCGUACCUUGUGAAAAUCUGGUUCCAAAACCGGAGAAGUAAAUACAAGAAAAUGAUGAAAGCGGCCCAAGUACCUGGAAGUACAAACAACAACGGAAACUCGAAUUCGCAUUCGGCGCUGCUGGGCGGCAAUGGUAACAUCCCGUCGACGAGUCCGGGACCGCAAAGCCAAAAUAUGAUGCAAGGUAGGAUCAAACUCGAAGGUGGUGGAGGUUCGUCGAGCGGUUCGCCAGCGACAGGCGGUUACAUGCAGCACCCUAGUCCUACGCCGAGUUCGACUCCCGGUUCCGAUAUAUCGGGACAGCCGGCGCCGAGUCCCGUCGGCGGUUGGGACGUGAAACCUCAGCAACCAAUACACGCGCAUCCUCCUCAUCCGGCGCCCCAUCCCCAUCCAGCUACGCAUAACUACCUCCCUCAGUACUCGUGGUAUCCGACGGAUAAUCCUGGAUUAUUAACGUGA